AGUUUAUCUGAUACGCAAUUUGCUCAAACUACUUCCUGUUAUUGUGUGACAAAUUUCCGUUUCCGUCAUUUCCGUUUUCUUAAAGCUAUAUUACAAAAUGAAUUAGUUCGACGUCUUGUGGCGGGAUCAAAACUCUUACAUGUAGUUUGGAAUGUCGCUGUAUUCACCUUGGCAAGAAAGGUUUGUUAUACGAAUGUGAAAUACUACUUUAAUUGUUUUUUCUAACGUAACUUGUUAGUCACCGUGUUGUUAGUGAACGUUGUAUAUAAUGUUAUUUGAGUUUUGCAGUCCUGUGAGUUGGCUCCCUACAUCUAUAGCGUUUGGGGCGAAAAUGGACUGCAGACAUUAGGCGAAGGAAGCGAAGGCGUGGCCGCCGGAGGGCGCGCGGCUUCACGUGCGAUGUUCCUUCUACAUUCCUCCUCGUGCCCUGCUUCCGCGGCGGUGACGGCUAAGUCGGUUUCGUCCCCUAUCUGAAAGCAGGCAGAGCAUAUCUAAGCAGCUAGAUAUUGCUUGUUUGGACGAGUCCCAUGACAAGCACUUAAAGCUGCUACAGUUGUUAACUGUAUUAUAGAACAGCUUACCUUUAGUACUGAUGCUUAGACGUAUUGGUUUUGGUAAAUUGGUGGUAAAUCUAGUACUUAUCGUUUGUUUCUUUCCACAGGCACGGAUAUCGCCAAUGGUUACGUUGGACGUUUUGUGAAAGAUUUUUUUUCUGCUUUUGUUCAAUACGUAUUUUGACGACAUUCCACGAUACAAACUUGAGUGGUUUGGUCUUUGACUGAUUGCAUCUUUAUGAAAAUUGCGGAUGGAUUACUAGUUAACUGGGGGAAAGCAUUUAAAGAUCACGAAGUCUGGUACUAAGGUGAAGAAUAUCCUCACCCGAUAGACUUUGUACCUACAUUUCUUUAUAUGGUAAAGGGAUUUCACAGGUUUAAUAAAGCUAUGCUGUUUUCGGAAGUUUGACUCAUGUUAUGUUUGAAAUGUAUUCCGAGGACGGCUGCGGUCAAAAUGUUGUGAAAUAAAACAUGUUGGUCAACUGAGUACGUCGUGCAGCUUUUAUUUAGUCAAUAUGUACACAAGCACGUUCGUUGUUGUCAUUCAGCAACGAAACGCGCCCCAUACGUAGUGACGUCAGCGUGCGUAUGGGCGCAGCCCGAAAUGAAUGGCAGCCCCUGCCCGGCAAUCCGUAUCUCUGGGUGUGUAUUAUUACUGUCUGUCAGCGUGUCAAACGACUUCGCCAGCAAAGUUUCAUUUAUAUACGCCCAGGCCUCCGCUUUCCUGCUUGCUGCAGCACCUACGUUGCCAUGACUCAGCAGGAGCAGGCUGAGUUUGGGCACAGCCUGGAGGCCGCCAUGUGUUGGAUGCGAGCAGCCCACGAGAGGCUGAGGGUCAUCGACAACACUCAGGGCCCCAGGGAAGCGCUGGAGGCCCGGCUCCGAGAGACAGAGGCCAUCCGUGAGUCCGAGUAUGAAGGCCGGAUAAAGAUGGACAGGGUCCUGGCCGUGGCUGAUGCCCUGCUCAAGAGUAGGGAUGAGGAGGUGAAGCGGGAGACGCACGGCAAGCUGAAGGAGCUCAAAGCAUUCUGGGACGAGACGACCACCUACAUCACCCACUGCCACUGCCGGAUUGAGUGGGUAUGGCUGCACUGGAGCGAGUACCUCAAGGUGCACGAGGAGUUUGCCGUCUGGCUGGGUAAGAUGCGCUGCACGUUGGAGCCACAGCUGGAACUGCAGCUGGACUUGCGAGAGAAGCUGUGGCAGCUGGACCACCACCAGGUGCUGCUGAGCGACGUGCAUGGCCAGGCAGCACUGCUGGAGCGGCUCCUGGAGGAGGCCCUGGCCUUGUACAGCCGCACCGAGGACCCCAGCGUGGGCCCAGAGGCGCUGCAGGAUGCCUACAACCAGAUCCGGGAUAAGGCUGCGGAAAGGGUGGCACUCUUACAGAAGAUUGUAAAAGACCACCAGACCUACGAAGGCCGCGGUCAGGGGUUUUUGGCUUGGUUGGCGUCCAGGACUGCGGAGCUUAAUGACUGCAAUGAAGCUGAGGACCCAGAGAAGAAGCUCCAGGACAUGCAGGACCUCUGGAAGAGCGUUUCAUGUGAAGAGGAGACCCUGCGGGACAUGGAGACCUUGGCAGAAGCCGUGAAGGCCCAGACAUCCCCAGCCGGCGCUGAGGCCAUCGCUAAGGAGGUGGAGCAUCUGCGAGAGGCCUGGGAGAAGCUGAUGCAGUGCCUCCUGCUGGAGCAGGAGAGAUUGCAGGUCUCGCAGCGUUCGAUCGCAGACCACGAGGCUCGCGUUGAGCAGCUCCGGGCCGAUGUGGCACAGCAUCGUAGGGUGCUGCAGGCUCAGGGCCGGGAGCUGGAGGCCUCCGGAGGGGAGAGGACGGAGGAGGAGAUGGUGACAGCGUGGAGAAAGUGCACGAAGGUGUACGCUGCCCUGGCGAUGGAGGAGCCUGCCGUGGAGAGGAUGAAGACCAGGCUCAGGGAGCUCUUCCACUUCUCACAGGGCAGCACGGGGCCCCUUUCCGACGAUGUAGUGGCCAUGAUCAAGGAGUACCAGGGGGUUAAGAGUCGUGCGUUCCAGUUGUCGACGGAGGCGGAGACGGAUCUCCAGAAGGUUCUGCAAGACCCGCUUCGAGGUUACAAGCAGUGGACCAGCCUGGCAAGCGAAGUGCUGCGGUCAUCAGAGGAGAUGUCAGAGUUUUCACACCUGGCGCUUCUGGUUCAGAAAAUGGAGAAGCUGCUCAAGCACAGCCUUCAGCUACAGGAGCGUCUGAGCCUGCUGCAGGUGAAGGGCGACCUGCUGAGCAGCGUGUUCGGCCCAGACAAGGCCGGGGACAUUCUGACAGAGCUCAGCGCCGCAAUGAAGGAGAGAGAACAGUUGCACAGCCAGCUGGCUCAGAAGAAACGCCACCUGCAGGAUUUGUUGCAGAAAUCAAAUGGCUUCGGGGAGGCGUAUAACUCCAUCUCGAAACAACUGGACCAAAUAAAAGAGAGACUAAAUGCAGCAGAUGGAUUGCAGCCUGAUAUAUUGGCCAAGAAAAGCCAGUUUGACCAAUUCGUGAUAAUGAAGAAGGACUUGGAGGACUGUGAAGCUCAUGUCACUGCUCUGGAGACUCUGGUGUCCAGCCUUACAAACCGCCACAUGUUCGACCAGCUCCAUGCGGAAUGGAGGGAGCUAUACAAAACCGUGAGAGUGAAGAUGAACGAGAGCGAGCGGAGCAUCGCGGAGCACGAGAACUUCCACGAGAACCUGCUGACGGUGGAGAAGUGGUUGAUGAUCAUGAGGCAGAAGCUGGAGUCGUUCUGCGGUGCGGACGGCGAGUGGAGCGUGCAGAACCGCCGCACUGAGGCCGAGAGGGCGCUGGGGGAGUUUCCUGAGAAAGAACUUCAGCUGCACAAGACCGAAGCCCAGGGUCAGAUAGUGCUGUCCAGGACGUCAGAGGAGGGGAAGGUGCACAUUCUGCGGGACCUGCACCGCUUGCGGGAGUCAUGGCUGUCACUCCACAGCCUCAGCCUCAACGUCUUCAGGUUGCUUAGUGGGGAAGGAGCAGCUGGUGUUAGAGAGGUCUCUCCAAUAGGAGGGAUGGUGGAGAAGAUUGGGUCAGACAGAGAGUCCUCCUUGACAGAAAGUGAAGAUGCCAUCAAGGGGAACAGGUCAGAGCUAGGGUUAGGGUGCGGCAUCAGCGGAGAAGGAUAUGAUGCAGGGUGGGACGCUCUGAUUGGAGCAGAAGGAGCUGGUCCCAGUACUAGAAGUGAAUUUGCAGUGGGUAGAAAACCAUUGGGUAAUUCAGAUGUGGAUCUUCAGAGCAGGGUGGCGAAAGGGGAAGGGUCAAGGAUCCAGUGUGAGGAGCCUGAUGGAAUAGAUCUCAGGGUGGAUCAUGGACCUAGUGGGAAAGGAUUACAUCUGGUAGAGGAUAUGGUUGAGAAAACACCCAAAACUAUGACAGUAGCUGGAGCAGGUGGGAAGUCUGGUGGUAGCUUUGGCUUUGGUGGGGAUUUUGGAGUUGAAAGGAGUUCUGGCUCUAGUGUCAAGGCCGAGAAAAGUGCAGCAGGUACUAGUUUUUGGGUUGAGGCAUCAAGUGACUCAGAUGCUGGCAAGAAGCCUCCGAAAGGAGGCGGUCAGCGAAGAGCUGAAGACUCAAAACAGCGAGGAACCUCAGACUAUGAUAGCUGGAGGGGAGCCGGGCUCGAUGUGUGGGACUCCCCCAGUGGAAGUGGUCAAGAAGCUUCUGGAAAAUACGCACAAGAAAGUCAUGAGUGGAAUAAAUGGCAGAACAAAGGGGGAGAUGCGUACGCUGUUGAUAAAACCCUCAAGCUGAGGUCUGGUGGAGAAAUUGGUGCAGAAGAUGAGUCGUCUGGCGACAGAAGACGAACCACUAAGGAUAGAUCAGUUCAUCGCAAACUGAUACCUGACCCUGAAUUCCAGUGUGAUACUAAACUUCUAAGGGAGUUUGAGGUAUGGCUGAAGGCCGAGAAUGAGAAACUCUCCAAGAUUCUGGGACAGAAAGGGCAGAAAAACGCUGCUGAGCGGAAGGAGAGGGAACAGACACUAAAAGACCUGCGCUCCCGUGUGGGAUGGGGCCAGAGCCAGCUCCAGAGGCUGCUCGCGUUGUGGGGGGUGGGAGCGGUGACGGCUCAAGCGGAGGAACUGGAGGAGCUGAGGUACCACUGGAUGCUUUACAAGUCCAAGCUGAAGGAAGCAGGAGACCUAAGCGCCCCCCUGCAGCCCACGGAUACAAGAGUCCGACGGGAGGAGAGUGUAAUGAUGAGAAAGCGCUCCAAGUUCUUAUCACGCGUGUGCUGCGUGGCACUGCCCCUCCAGCUGCUGCUCCUGGGCCUGCUGCUGCUCGCCUUCCUGCUCCCGCUGACGGACGAGGGCGCCAGCUGCUCCCUGGCCAACAACUUCGCCCGCUCUUUCAGCAUCAUGCUGCGCUACCACGGGCCGCCGCCCACCUGAGAGCCGCACCCAAAGGAACCGUCGGAUUUCCACAAAGUACAAAUGCAUGUCUUAGGCUCCUUCGCUUAGCUCUCGGAGAAUCUCCUUCAGUGAUUUUUCUUUUUUAAGCUUGAACAUCAGCACAAAGUGAAGGAUCAUGUAAAAUUAUUUUUCUUAGCUGCCAUAUUCCAGGGUCUUUCUGUCUGUUAUUAUUUUUAUUAUUAUUAUUAUAUGAUAUAUUUAAUGUUGGUAUCUACAGCGAAUCAAGACUGACUGUGGGGUUCAUUCACCAAGACAUUUAGUCUCUGUUUAUUAAAACUGGUACUUAUUUUUUUUUUUUACUCAAAACAAUGAACUGCAAUGCACUGCUAUUGCUAUGCUUUAUUAUAUGCAGUGUAACUGCACUGCAGAUGAAGGUCUAACCCUCAGUAUAGCUGUAUACAUCCAGUCCAGUGUAUAAAAGGUGAUCUUUUUUGCCGUUAGUGUCCAUGAAGGUACUGCAGAAUUCGGAAAGAUAAAGAAAUUAGCUAUGAUCCGAAAAAAAAAAAAAACGUUUAAUGUGUAAUAUGCAGUAUUAAACAUGGGGUCUGUUAUUAUUGGGAAGAGUAACCCUAAUGUAUCUGGUGCAUGAAGUGGACAUGGAUGCUGCAGAUACCUCUUACCAGCUUAAUGAUUUAGCAUAUUUAAAUGCAAUAUACUUUGCGUCGAGACAAUAUACUGUGCGAUAAAGGGGGUUUAAAUGCAGCUUGAAUGCGUAAAUAUAAUGCAACUGACAUACAUUGGUACUGUGUUAAAACUAUUUAAAACACGCUCGCCUGUUCCUGUAUAUGCAUUUUGGAUAAUACUGUGUAUUAGAUAACUACCAAAAAAGGUUUGGUUUAGGCUUAGAGAGAUUUGGCCUGCUUGUGGAACAUUUUCAUUCAUGAUCAAGCACGAGAGCCUCAUAGUGGCCUUUUGAUCUUCUUGCUGUUUCACCACCUGCUUAAGCGGUAUUCCUGCUCUGGCUGGAAAAUUUCAAAGGUAACCAUCUACAAAUUCGACUUCACACUGCGUCCGGUGAUCACGUAAAGAAUGGCCAUUUUCGUAGGGCCUUGUCACUGUAAGUGGUCUCCUGGAGCUCUGCUCCUCGCCACUAGGCCGUGAUCGAUGCAGAACACGCACAUCCGCCACGGUCUUAAGGCCGUGUCUGUCUGAUUGAUGUCCUUAUAAAUCUAUUGUCAGCCGGAAGAUUCGCAACAAGUAAAGAUUUGGCUUGGUCAUUAUCAGAGCUAGUAUGUAAGAAUAAUAGUAAGCUCAUUACAACAAAGUAGGGGAUAGUUAUCGUUCCAUGUGACUAAUGUAGCUUUUGUCUGUAGCCAAAACCACUGCGAUGCCUUCAACCUGUUGGAAUAUUACCCAUCUCAGAAUGUAACACACCCACAUUGGCUAAUAGGAUGCUUAGGUUUAUAUCUGUCUGUUUUUGAGAAUGGUUGAAUUGAAGUUAUCUUAUUACGGAACUGCGGAAUGCUUUAUAUUUUAUCAAAAUACAGAGGUGACCCUCUCAUACUGCACGAUAUGUCAUAGAAUUUGCAUGUAGAGGUUUAUUUUCUUGAAUCCAAACACCAGGACCCUAGGUGUAAUAUUUUGUACAGAAAUGUCAUGAAGCUUAUUCAGAUGCAGAAUAUAUUAAUAAGGAAACUCCCAUUCUGUUCAGACUGCAGAUGCAAAGCUUUUGUAAUAUGUUACAACCUAUUUUACUGAUGGAAAAAUCCACAUAUUUUUGAAAAUAUAUUAGCAGGACCUGUAUUUAUCCAGUAUUUUUCUACAGUACUCAUACACAAUAAAUAUGCAAUUAUAUGUGAA